UGGCAAUGGCCGCAGGGAAGGGGGCGGCUCCCCCAAGAAAACCUGCGGCGGGGCUGACUUGGUCCUCAAUCGUAAUAAGGCGAGGAGUCGAGAGGCAGUGUCCAUCCGAGGAGGAAGCAGCAGCUAGCUAGCGAGCCUGUAGUGUUACCCGUGUGAAGGCCGACCACCGCCGCAGACAUGCCAUUCAAGCCUCCAUCCACCCCAAAAUGCCCCAAGUGCGAGAAGUCUGUAUACCACGCCGAGGCGCGGGUGGUGGGCGACGUGUCCUUCCACAAGGAAUGCUACAAGUGCAGUAUGUGCAAUAAGAUGCUGGAUUCUACCAACUCCAACCUGCACGAGAAUGUGCUCUACUGCAAGACCUGCCACGGCCGCAAGUUUGGUCCCAAGGGCUACGGCUUCGGCGGUGGCGCUGCUGGCCUCAGCAUGGACACCGGCUCACACCUCGAGGAGAGGAAUGACUAUGUGAAGCCCUACAAGCCGCCGCGAGCGGAAGCGGGCGAGGGGUGUCCGCGAUGUGGGGGCAAGGUCUUCGCGGCUGAGCUUAUGCUAGCCAAGGGCAAGAGCUACCACCGCACCUGCUUCAACUGCAAGGCGUGCCGCAAGCCUCUCGACUCCGUCGUUCACUGCGAUGGUCCAGACAAGGAAGUCUACUGUAAAGUAUGCUAUGGGAAGAACUUUGGGCCCAAAGGUUACGGCUUUGGCACCGGUGCUGGCACCCUCACCUGCGGCUACGACGAAGUCGCUCCUCUGGUGCGGCCCCACGGCAACCCCGACGCCAUCCUGCCCGUGGUGGAGGGCGAGACGCCGUGUCCUCGCUGUGGCGGCAGGGUCUUCAGCGCCGAGAUGAUGAUGGCUAAGAACAAGCCAUACCACAAGAAGUGCUUCAAGUGCAGAGUGUGCAAGCGGCCUCUGGACUCCAUGGUCCACUGUGACGGUGCCGACGGGGACGUCUACUGCAAGCUCUGCUACGCCAAGAAGUACGGGCCUAAGGGCUACGGCUUCGCUGCUGGCGGUGGCGGCGUCCUGACCGCCGAGAACAUCCCGGGCGGUGAGGCAAUGCCUGGAGUCAACCCCGGGUCCGUGGUUCUCGAUGUUAGCAAGAUCCAGGCCGAGGAGGGCAAGGGAUGCCCACGCUGUGGCGGCAAGGUCUUCAUGGCUGAGGAGAUUAAUGCUCGUGGCAGAUCAUUCCACAAGCGCUGCUACAGCUGCUCCCACUGUCACCGCCCGCUGGACUCCAUGACAGGGUGUGACUCACCUGAUGGAGAGGUCUACUGCAAGCUCUGUUACGCCAAGAAGUACGGCCCUAAGGGCUACGGCUUCGCUGCUGGAGGUGGCGGCGUCCUGACCGCCGAGAACAUCACCGGUGGAGACCAGUCGGCAGCGCUGGCCAAGAAGGCGGACGCGGCCCGUAUGAACGUGGGCAGGAUCAAGGCCGAGGAGGGCAAGGGGUGUCCCCGGUGUGGCGGCAAGGUCUUCAUGGCUGAAGAGAUGCACGCCCGCGGCCGCAGCUGGCACAAGGGCUGCUACAGCUGCUGCCACUGCCACCGCCCGCUGGACUCCAUGGUGGGCUGCGACGCCCCCGACGGGGAGAUCUACUGCAAGCUCUGCUACGCCAAGAAGUACGGGCCCAAGGGCUACGGCUUCGCGGCCGGCAGCGGCGGAGUUCUGGUUGCUGAGAACAUUCCGGGCGGAGUAGCCCACUUGGCUGGCAUCAGUGCGGCGUCUGGAGCCAUCGACACUACGUCCAUCCCUGCCGCCCCUGGCGAGGGUUGCCCACGCUGUGGUGGCAAGGUCUUCAGCGCCGAGGAGAAGCUCUCUCGCAACAAGAAGUGGCACAAACGCUGCUACAGCUGCCGCGAGUGCUUCCGGCCCCUGGACUCCAUGGUGCUGUGCGACGCCCCCGACGGCGACAUCUACUGCAAGCUCUGCUACGCCAAGAAGUACGGGCCCAAGGGUUACGGCUUCGCUGCCGGCGCUGGCGGCGUCCUGGUGCCAGAGAACAUCUCCGUCGACGACGAGUCGCAAGGUGUGGGAGACCAGCAGCUGGUGACAAGCUCCGCCUUCACCGUCCUGGAUGUCACUAAGAUCCCCGCCAAGGAGGGUCAGGCACGCUGCCCCCGCUGCGCAGGCGCGGUAUUCCAGGCAGAGUCCAUGCCCUGCAGAGGCAAGGAGUGGCACAAGCGAUGCUACAACUGCUGUGAGUGCCACCGACCGCUCGACUCCAUGCUGUCGUGCGACGCCCCCGACGGGGAGAUCUACUGCAAGCUCUGCUACGCCAAGCGCCACGGGCCCAAGGGCUACGGCUACGGCCACUGCCCGGCCCUCGUCUCCAUCGGCACUGAGGACGGCGCACCCAUGCCCACUGACAUCCGACAGUUUGGGUUCGGUGCGAAGCCCACCAAGACCUGGGCACCCCCUGCAGGCUCCUCGCGCCCCACCCCGGCCGCCGGCAGCGCCCCCUGGAGGACAGGAGGAGGGAAGCCAGCCCCCAACCAGGUACAUCUUAUUAUUCCUCCACCUGAGCCAGUGCCCAUCGGCUCAGCAGUGCCACUGCCGCGAGGGUUUGAUUCGGUGACUGUGCAGUCGGGCUCCCAGCAGACGAGCAGCAGCAGCAGCAGCCAGGUGGUGGUGCAGGAAGCUGAGAGGCAGGUGAGUGUGCAGCAGGCCCCUCCUGCCCAGGAGGUGGUGGGGCUCGCCACGCAGGCCUCUAGCGAGACGGUGCAACAGGUGUCUCAAACAAGUGUGCAGCAGGUGUCGUCUAGUGUACAACAGUCGUCCAGCGUGCAGCAGUCAUCCAGCGUGCAGCAGUCGUCUAGCGUGCAGCAGUCGUCUAGCGUGCAGCAGUCUAGCGUGCAGCAGUCGUCCAGCGUGCAGGAAGUCUCUAGUGGCAGCUUCUCUAGCCAGGAGACAUCGACUGAAGCUUCCAGCAGCGUGAGCCAGGUGGAGCAGGUGUCGGUGCAGCAGGUACAGAUAAGCAGCGUCAGCGGCCAAACGGUCAAGAGUAAAGUUCGCAGAAUCAUCAAGAAGGGAGAGACGACACCAGGAGCUCGUGUUGGGCAGGACGGUCGACCAGUCGCACAAGGUGCUGACGAAGAAGAGGAAGAGGACGAAGAAGAGGAGGAGGAGGAGGAGGAGGAAGAGGAGGAGGAAGAGAUGUAAACGAAGAACGAGAAAAGACUUCCAGAGUUGUAGACGACGAAGCCAGCCAUUGCCACCCACCAGAUGGAGGAUACACCAGCUUCAACUCCCCUACCCCCCCCCCCCCCAACCAGAUGGAGGUCACACCAGACAAACCUGUUACAUCGUUCAAAGGGCAAUACCGCUCACUUGGACACCCUCAGCAACUGGCUUUCUUUCAACUGGUGUAUUUUGAUGUUAAAAAAAAAAAUGUAAAUUGGUGUGUGUAUUGCGCACAGUUGUGUGUCUCCUCCAGCAGCAGUAGUAUCUCUAUGCUUCACAGUCCGCGCUCUGUACUUCUUCUCCGACUGUGGUAUCUCCACAAGCGGUACCAAGCCCUUGAUUCUCCACGAGAUAAAGAUAGGACUCGUCUCCAUUUGCCACCAGGCUGUUAUAGAUGGGUCGGAGAACAGUAGAUCGAUCAACUUGUUGCAUGUAGAUUAGACAGUAAUAAAAAAAUAUGCACUGAAUCAAAACAGCCAACAAAGCUCUUCCCUAAAAACAUCAAAGUUCACAAACGCAAUCCCGACCUCUAAGGAUGGAUUCUCCUUGUAUUUCCGAAUCGAAUUCUCAUUUUCUUCCGAGUCGUGUAAGAGUUAAGAGACUAUCACGCUUGUAUCUCUCGUCAAGAGCGCUCCCUCAUCCACGGGUGAUAGGGGGAUAUCCCUUAUCUCCAGGAGAGGAAUGCCUGAUCUACGGGUGAGAGAUAUUUCUGAUCUACGGAUAAGAGAGAUCCCUGAUCCACGGAUGAGAGGGCCGAGAUGAUGUCGAACGAACGAACGACGGCGCGAGAGGGCGGGGGGUGGAUGAGGCGCGGACGGUCCCAGUGCUGGACCACUGCUGAGCUGCGGCCCUCCGCCCCACCCACCACCCACCUCCAGCUGCUGCCAUGUAAGGGCCGCCCUGCCCACCACCACUUGCAAUUGUCUCGAGACACGCGUUUUAUCACACUUUUAGUUUAUAGAGACGGUAUAUAGCCAAGAAUACUUGUUUCAUGUCAUACUCUGGUGAGUAUUUCUCUCGGUCUUGAACGAACAUGGCACAGGGAUAAGAGAUCUUAGGAGAUACGAUGUGUGAUCAAUUGUUGAUAUUCAUGAUUAAACUCGCAUUCGGAAAAGAAUAUAUAUAUACUUUGUUUCAAAAUGCAUGUUAGGUAAAGUUUUCACCUCUAAGGAUUACAUUCACACUCUUCCGAGGUCAUAGCCGAAGCGCUACCUGCAGUAGCCCGUAGCCACAGCCAACCUCGCCUUAAAACUGCAAUAAGUGACGGAGAGACAAUAAGCGUCUAAACAGAAAGGGUUUCCACUGUCAAACAGUUGUAUAUAAUUUGCAGAACGAUCAUCCUCGAUAACUUUCGGGUUAUGAGCACAGAUCUUGGCGGAUACUUACAAUUGGAUUAGCGUAGCAAAGGAACAGUGGAGGAGUAACUUCUGCUCUUAGUGAUGCAUCCGCGAGGACCACAAAUCUCUGGCUCCUCAUCAAUAAGGAACAAAAGGCUCCAACUCCUCAUCACUAAGACGUUAGUUUCUCUUUUGCCACUGACAAUAUUUCCACAUCAUUUUCUUUACUCUUAGGAGAGAGCAGAGAGAAACGGAACUCAAUUUUAGUUCCGAGAUGAAUAGCGGGAUCACCUGGUAAUGUCUUGAGUUAACGAGACGUCUUGAGUCUCUCCCACGACUCUACAGGCACUACACGAGUCCACGCUAACAUUUAACUCACUCUCUCUAUAUUUAUUGUUUCUUCUGAAGAGUUUUGAAAAGUACACGGUGUGUGCCUUCACCGUUGCCAAAUGUAAGGCACUUAGGAUUUAACUAACAGGUCCAAAGAUGAAUUAUAGUUAUCCUUGACCCUGGUUGUAUAGCGCUAAGGAGAAGGUUCUUCUGCUCGGGCUUAACGAGGGGACAAGCGUUACUAUAGAGCAGGAGAACCUUCCUAAUCGUGUUCAAUCCUCCUAUUUUUAACACUCCAGUGUUAUUUUUGCCUUGUACAAGAACCUCCCCCCCCCGAUAAUGUUUCUGAUUUUUUCCCCGUAUAAGUGCUUGUAAGUGUUUAUGGAUCUUGUACGAAGCACUUCACUUCCGUGAUGUCCUCUCCUCCUCCUCCUGUGAGCACAUGUUCGCAUCACUGCCGACUGGACAUGAUCAGUCAGUGACAUUUCCCAGACGGGCUCAGAACACAGCCGACCACAGUGCCAAGGCUGGUGGAAGGCCCCCCCCCCCAGGACAGGAGGUCUACCUCCUCCCCCCCCCCCACAUCGUCAGCUACAGUGCCGGAGGUCGGGCCAUCACUGGUUCUGUCAUUAUGAUCAUUCGUGUCAUUAUUAGUAAUGUAGUUAUUAUCGAGGUCAACUGGUUACUCGAACUUUCACUCUGAUAAGCCUAGUCUGUUAUGUGGUUGUGGUUGUGUUAGACUAGAGUUGUGAAGCAGAGGGACGACCGUUAGCCACACACACAACGCUUUCUAUCAUCAAUCUCACAUUCUGCAUUUGUUUUAAUUAAAUAUUAAAUGUUUUAUCACUC